AUGAACAAAACGGUGAUAUUGGUAACCGGAGCUUCUGGUUACCUGGGUGGACGGCUCUGCCAGCAGUUAUUCAACGCCGGCCAGCAUGUUAAGAUUAUCAGUCACUCCUUCAAGCCUGCUACCGGUUGCCACGUCAUCUUUCAUGCUGCUGCAUUGGUCGAGCUAUGGCUUCCUGAUCCAUCUAGAUUCUUCUCAGUCAAUGUUGGAGGAUUGAAGAAUGUGUUACAAGCUUAUAAAGAAACGGGAACUAUAGAGAAAAUUGUGUACACAUCGUCGUUUUUUGCCCUGGGAUCAACUGAUGGAUAUAUUGCCAAUGAAACUCAGACUCAUACUGGAAAGUUCUUCUGUACGGAGUACGAGAAAUCGAAAGCUGUUGCUGAUAAAGUUGCACUAGAUGCUGCGUCUGAAGGAAUGCCGAUAGUGCCUGUUUAUCCAGGACUCAUAUAUGGUCCUGGAAAGGUCACGAGUGCAAAUAUCGUUGCGCGUAUGUUUUGUCAGAUAAUUGAACGCUAUAGUGGGCGUUUACCUGGUUACAUUGGCCAAGCAAAUGAAAGGUUCUCUUUUAGCCAUGUUGAUGAUGUGGUUGACGGGCAUAUUGCGGCUAUGGACAAAGGCAAAUCAGGUGAAAGGUACCUUCUUACUGGGGAGAAUGCGUCAUUUAAGGAAGUUUUCGACAUAGCUGCCAUGAUCACUCAGACAAAGAGGCCUUCAUUUGGAAUUCCCCUACUUAUUGUUGAAGCUUACGGCUGGAUAUCAAUUAUUUUCUCCAAAUUAACAGGAAAGCUUCCUCUAAUCAGUCCUCCGAUUGUUUCUGCGGCUAGACAUCAGUGGGCUUACUCUUGUGAGAAGGCAAAAGAAGAGUUGGAUUACAACCCCAGAAGCUUGAAAGAAGGUUUGUCCGAGGUGCUUCCCUGGUUGAAGAGCUUGGGAUUGAUUGAGUACUAA